CUACCGUAUUGAUCUUUACCCUAUACUCUGCACACAGGCUAGGGCCGGCCAGGGGUCUCCAUCACGUACCAUAGUUAUUGGUUAUUGCAUGGUUAUAGUAUCUAUGCUCUAGCUAUAGAUACGAAGAUUUAAUAUAUGGAGACACCAGAAAAAGAUGGUCAGGAUGGGGGUGAUCAAGUCAGACUCCUCAUGGGAUUAGUUUCUCUCAAAGAAAUCAGAGAUCAUCAACAUACUUUGCAGCAGAUGCGUGGCAAACUUGAGCGUUGCUAUGGCGACUACACAGAAUGCAGAGAUUUUGCCAUGCAAUGUGGUGCUGAGCUCAGCAAGUUGGAAGGUGAAAGGUUGUGUCUGCAGAAUCGACAGCAACAAAUUGAGGCCGACAUGAUCCAGAUGACAGACCUAAAAAAGGAACUAGAAACUGCAUCUACCCACUGUGUAAUGUCUGCACCCACUGAACUGUACAAAGUAUUAGAAGAGCAGGUGAAUGAGAAGAGAAAAACACUGGGUAUGGAGAUGUUACCUGAAUGUGAAGCCUUCUCAAAGCUUUCCAGCGAUUCUAUAAUAACAUCGUCUUCUAAACAAAAGAGACACUUUCGCCAAAGUAAUUCACAUGGCAACAGCAGAGCACACCCCUAUUCCAGCACAGCGGUCAAAGCAGGUCCUUCUUACAAGCAGUGCCCUAAAUGUGAUCAGCUUAUCCCCAGGAAUGCAGUAAUUUGCUCAAACUGCCACUCUUUAUGCAGUCGACCUGGUCAUAGUACUGGCAAGAAUCGAUUGUGAACCCCAUUUUGAAUUAAUGGUUAUUAAUAAUUUCACCCACAUCAAUAACAAUAAAUUAAAAUUGAGAUGAAAGUUUUCGUAUUC